AGAGCCUCUAUGCCAGGCUGUGGAUAAAGACUGUGAAGACUGCACAGGGUCUGAUCUAGGGAGAGGCCAACUCUGAUACCCCUAUGUGCACUGCUAGAAGCUAAGGACAUUCAGAGAGACAUGGCCUGGAAACAGACACCACUCCUGCUUUUGGUCUACAUGAUCACAACAUGCAGUGCCCGGGACAGAACAGACCUGCUCAACGUUUGCAUGGAUGCCAAGCACCAUAAGACAAAGCCAGGCCCGGAGGACAAGCUGCAUGACCAGUGUAGUCCAUGGAAGAGAAAUGCCUGCUGCUCAGUCAACACCAGCCAGGAGCUACACAAGGACAACUCCCGUCUGUACAAUUUCAAUUGGGAUCACUGUGGCGAGAUGACGCCCGCCUGUAAGCGUCACUUCAUCCAAGACGCCUGCCUGUAUGAGUGUUCCCCCAAUCUUGGGCCUUGGAUUCAGCAGGCAGACCAGAGCUGGCGCAAAGAGCGCUUCCUGGAUGUGCCCUUAUGCAAAGAGGACUGUCAGGAGUGGUGGAAAGCCUGCCGUACCUCCUUUACCUGCAAGAGAGACUGGCAUAAAGGCUGGGACUGGACCUCAGGCAUUAACAAGUGCCCAGACACAGCACCCUGCCGCACAUUUCAGUACUAUUUCCCGACACCAGCCAGCCUUUGUGAGGGUCUCUGGAGUCACUCCUACAAGGUCAGCAACUAUAGCAGAGGGAGUGGCCAGUGCAUCCAGAUGUGGUUUGACUCAACCCAGGGCAAUCCCAAUGAGGAAGUGGUGAAAUUCUAUGCUUCCUUUAUGACAUCUGGGACUGUGUCCCAUGCAGCGGUACUUCUUGUGCCCAGCCUGGCCCCAGUGCUGUCAUUAUGGCUCCCUGACUGAGGCCAGUCUUCUCCUCCAGCUACCCUUGGUCUCGGUUGGUUCAACUCUUCAAAGAAUAAGGAAGUCUUGAGCCUGCUUCCACCCCUCUCCUCUGCCAUCCAGUUCCUGAUCCAGGUUGGGGCUUGGGGUUUCUACAACAGUCAUUUUCAAUAAAUCUAUGACACAUCUCAGCCUAAUGAA